AUGUCCGCACACACAUUGCUCCUCAAACUCCGACUCGCCUUACAAGGCGAGGUAGCAGAAAUUGCGUUCAAAUAUUUCGUAACGCACCCGACCUGUUGGCUGCUUUUGACUACCAUCAAAAACGCUUGUGCAGACCAGCUUUGCGACAUCUUCGGGGCAGGCUGGAUUGAGAAGGAGAACCAAUUGCCCUGGAUGGUUGGCUAUAUCUUCCUUGCUGCAAGUAAUGUGGAUCGUGCGGCGAAUUUGGUUGCCAAGAAGCGGCCUGGCCAGGUGACAUCCCAGCUAAUGGUCACCGCUGCUGCAGUUCUUAAUUCAAUGUUGGAAUCGGUAAUGGGGGCUUUCACGGCUAGGAUUUUGAGUCAGUUCCAUGAUAUUCACAUCGGAGGGGUCUAUGAGUCAAAACGAAACCCUGAAAUUGAGACAGCGAGAGAGAGGGUUGGGUAG